CAAGAUUUCCCUUGUAGAGUGUAAUCAGACACGUGUGCACCGGAACCUUUUGGCUUGGGCCUUUCUCAAAUUCUGAAUAAAUCUGUAUACGAUUACGAGACGGCGACAUUGGAGAGCAUUGAAUUCUUUCCGCAUGCAUUAUUGAUAUCUGUUGAGGGAAGCCGGGAGGGCAGCGUUGCUGGGGGCGGCCGGGUUUCACUGCCCGGGGUAAAUUCAGCACUACGAGAAACGCGAAGCCAGGACAUCAUUCACUUCCACACCUGUAUAUCAGCAAGAGUCACAGAUGUGUUCAUAAGGGGUACGUUCGGGCAAGAGAAAGUACACGGAGCAGCCACCUUACAGUAAGGGUGAAUGAAAGCAUCAGUCAGCCACUAGUUAACACCACUGUGACAUCACUAAUCAGUUGAAGAACUGCUGGCUUUCUUGAAGAACGUGAAGUACCAAUUGCCUUCAGCCCACAGAUGCGACUGUUCCCACGCCGUCGCUUGUCCCCGCUCAAGUUGGCGGUGCUGGGGGGCACGCUGUUCAUGGUGGUGCUGGUGGUGCUGCAGCGAGAUGUGGGAGGUGGGCCGUCUCCUGACCCCUGGUUCCAGGAGCUGGUCAACAAGAAGGAGCAGGUGAUGGAUGUGGUCAGAGGCGCAGUCAACAACCUUGGCUUCCAGAUCGGAGCACCAGACCCUGUGCCUGUCCAGCAGCAGGUCACCCCAGACGGCCACUGCCCCCCUGGCUUCUACAGUCAAGCUGAGCUCAAGCCCCUGCUGGAGCGGCCUCCCCAGGACCCUCAGGCCCAGGGUGCUGAUGGAAGGGCCUUCCACAUGGAGAAGCUCUCCCCAGAGGAGGAGAAGGAGAAGGAGGAGGGCAUGACUCGCCACUGCUUUAACCAGUUUGCCAGCGACCACAUAUCUCUGCACCGUAGCCUGGGGGAAGACACACGGCCUCCAGAGUGUGUGGAGCGCAAGUUUCGCCGCUGCCCGCCUCUGCCCAGCACCAGCGUGAUCAUUGUUUUCCACAAUGAGGCAUGGUCCACGCUACUGCGUACCGUCUACAGCGUCCUGCACACAGCCCCUGCCUCCCUGCUCACAGACAUCAUCCUGGUGGAUGACGCAAGCACUGCAGAUCAUCUGAAGGGUCGCCUGGAGGAGUAUGUGCGUGCACUGAAAGUGGUGCGGGUGGUGCGGCAGCCGCAGAGGAAGGGCCUGAUCACAGCCAGGCUGCUGGGGGCCAGCGAGGCCCGCGGGGAGGUGCUGACCUUCUUAGAUGCCCACUGUGAGUGUUUCCACGGCUGGCUGGAGCCCCUGCUUGCACGCAUCGUGGAGGAGCCGACUGCGGUGGUGAGCCCCGAAAUCACCACCAUUGACCUCAACAACUUCCAGUUCAACAAGCCAGUGGCCACAGUACGUGCCCACAACCGUGGGAACUUUGACUGGAGCCUUACCUUUGGCUGGGAGAGCAUCCCUGACCACGAGAGGCAAAGGAGAAAGGACGAGACAUACCCUGUCAAAACUCCCACCUUUGCCGGAGGUCUGUUCUCCAUCUCCAAGUCGUACUUUGAGAAAAUCGGCACCUAUGAUGACAAGAUGGAAAUCUGGGGAGGGGAGAACAUAGAGAUGUCCUUCAGGGUGUGGCAGUGUGGGGGACAGCUGGAGAUCAUCCCGUGCUCUGUAGUCGGACAUGUCUUCCGCACCAAGAGCCCCCACACCUUCCCCAAAGGCACUGAGGUAAUCACCCGCAACCAGGUGCGCCUGGCAGAGGUUUGGAUGGACGACUACAAGAAGAUCUUUUACCGGAGGAACCAGAAUGCUGCCAACAUGGCCAGAGAGAACAAGUAUGGUGACAUAUCUGAGCGCCUGAGACUAAGGGAGAGGCUACACUGCAAGAACUUCACCUGGUACUUGGAGAAUGUCUACCCAGAAGCAUUUGUUCCUGACCUCACCCCUGUCAAGUAUGGAGCGAUCAAGAACUCUGGCUCUCAGACUUGUCUGGAUGUGGGAGAGAACAAUUCAGGAGGGAAGCCCAUGAUCAUGUAUCCAUGCCACAACAUGGGCGGAAACCAGUAUUUUGAGUACACAUCUCACCAGGAGCUGCGGCACAAUAUCGGGAAGCAGUUGUGUCUGCAGGCAAUGGCUGAGCCACAGCCUGUUCAGGUGGAAAUGUGCCAGCUAAAAGGACGUGGAACAUCAGUGGACCCCAGUCAAAUAUGGGAGUUCACCACGACACAGCUCUUGAGGAACCCACCCUCUGGCAAGUGCCUGUCCCUUAGAGGAGGCCAAGUAGUGAUGAGUGCUUGUGACCCAGCUGACUACAACCAGCACUGGGCCUUCAGCUGACAUCUCUGGCGGGGCAGCCAGGAGAGACAUAGCAAGAAGAGUCACUACCAUUAAGACUAUCUGCAGAACACACCAGAGCCUCUGGAAGCCAGUUGAAACUUCUGCAAAUUACUGAAAAGAAGCUGCUUUGAGAGGACUUUCUGUAUGUGUGUGUCUGCAUCACAUAGCUCUGUGAAGGAGUACUGGAUCAAUGACUGUUUUAAAAUUAUUUAUGUUGGAAACUUGGGGGGUGCAAAGGGUGAAGAAAAUCUACUUUGAACCAGAUGGGAGGUGUAGACCAUCCAUGCUUCUUGGAUGAGUACAAAGGGAACUAUAAACAGCCCUUGGACUAAAAUCUGAUGCCUUUUACAGUCCAUUUUUAUAUUGCCUCUUUGUGUUUGUGUCAAGUGUACAUAUACUUAUGAAAUGAUGAAUGCAAAAAUGUACUUCUGAAAUUAUUUUUGCUGUGAUUGAGUAUCUUUUGAAAGCAUUUUCAUUUACAUACCAUGCCAGGAGAGCAAAAGUGUCAAUCUGUAGAUGGUUUUGCCAUCUGCGUUUUCAUAGUCUGCAGUAGUUCUUAACCUAAACUAUAGCUAGGGAGGGAAUAAAAAUAGUCCUUGUGCUGGAUGUAGUUCCUUCUAAGAAUUUAGUUCUGUUUUUUAGGCUGUUGCUUCACGUGUACAUGACUGUGUGCAUUAAUGAUUUACAUAAUAAUUGAAGAAUGAUGAAAGAGUUUACUCUAGGAAAGCGCCUGAAGGUAAGAGGGAUUUAUGAUUUCCAUUCAUGGCUGACAUCAUAUCAAAGUACUGAAGCUGAGUUGAAGUGUUUAUUUAAAACCCAUUUUUUGAAUUUAAGACUGGGUGGAGCCUGUCAGAUACAUCACUUACACAUGCAAUGUCAUCUUCUAUUUGCAUAGAAAUGGGUGGAACCAGCACUGAAA